GUGCGAGCUGUGGCAAGGACGUGUACGCGGUCGGCGAGUGUCAAUCUGCAAUCGAAUCGAGUUGUGGCUAAAGUUCGUGGCAAAGUUGAGUUGAGCAACUGCUGGUGCUUGGGGGCAAGCAGGCAAGCGAAGGCGUGAAAACACAUUUGUGGCGAGUGUAAUUUUUUCCCUGCCACCCCUCUACGUGUGCGGGCAAUUAAAGUUCCUCGUGGCACCGUCACCAGCACCUCCAUCGUACAUAUAUCCCCGUCUGAGUGACUGACUGCUGACUGGUCGCGCAAAUUGCUUGUCAGAGCAGAGGGUGCAUGCCUCGUGGUGGCAUGACAUCGAAAUGAAUGUGCCGCAGGAAUACAAAGCUUAAAGUGUUGCAUAGCUUGCGUAGUCCCUCCCGUUUAGUUGGUGGUACUAAGUGGAAUUAUCAACCAAGGUUGCACAAGUGGAGCAAAGCCGAUUUUAAUGAGCUCGUGGCAGAGGCUGCACAUGAGCCCAGCACUUGUCCCUGCCAACUAUAAAUGGCAACAGGCUGGAGGUUUAUGCGAAAAGUUGCAGAAAGUAAUAAGCAAACAAAACACAAGCCAAGCUAAAUCCAAGAAACAAUAAGGAAGAGCCAUCAAAAGACCAAAAGAAACUAACCGCAGAGAAACGCUUAAAUCAGCAAAAGGAAAUUCAGGCAGGCAGGGGAAAAGUUUUCCCGGCAAACGGAAUUCCAUUGGCUGAGCACCAAUCCUCAUCAUCGGCUGGCUUGGUGAUUGUUUCGCAAAGGAUUACUCGAGUCGUACAUAUUAUGCUGUAAACAUGAAAUACCCAAACGAUACACGAAUCAUUGUGCUCAUUUGCUGUUUGCUGCAAGGUCUGGCCGUGGGCCUGCGCAUGAUCAAGGUCUCCAUUCCCGCCUAUAAGCUGCGGGGCGAGUCCGCCUUCCUCGAGUGCCAGUACGAGCUGAACCGCACCCACCACCUGGGCCUCGGCGGCCAUGGAGUGCAGACCCACUCGGAUCACAACUACGGCCGCAACCACGACCACGACCGCCCGUCUCACGCCGGAGACUUCCACUACCCGGAUGGGGAUGGGGAUGGGGUGGACGACGAACGGCCGUCGCAUCGUGGUCGCAUGCACCAGGGCCAGCGUCAGCAUGGGCAGCGCCAGAGGCAACGUGACCGCGAGCCGAUCGCCAUGGGGCAGUACCGCAACCCGCCGCCACUGACUCCGCCCGAGAAAUCGCCCUACGGCCACAGCGUGUAUAGGGGCAGUGCCGCCUCCGGGUACCUGGGCGCCCAAGUAGGGGCCAGCACCCACAGCGGCGGCAGCAUCAGUUCCAACGGGGGCUCCAUGGGCUACAUGCCAGAAUUCGACCGAGCGGACAGCUUCGGCGACAGCGCCGAGGAGGAGGAUGAGGAUGAGGAGGAGCAGGCCGAGGAGGGCGAGGCGCUGUACGCCAUCAAGUGGUACAAGGACAACGAGGAGUUCUAUCGCUAUGUGCCAAAGGCCCGACCCCCCAAGACCAGCUACCGCGUGGAUGGAGUCCGUGUCAUUGAGGAGCUCUCCGAUGCCAGUCGCGUGCUGCUGCGAGGCCUCACCCUCAACUCCACCGGCCUCUACCGCUGCGAAGUCUCCGCGGAGGCGCCAAACUUCUCAUCCGUGCAGGGCGAGGGCCGCAUGGAUAUUGUUUUUCUCCCACGCGAUGGUCCGCACAUCAGGGGCCAGCAGUAUCAGUAUCAAAUUGGCGAAUAUCUAUAUUUAAAUUGCACGUCGGGGAAAUCGCAUCCGGCCUCGCAUCUGCAGUGGUUUGUCAAUGAGCAGCCGAUCCUGGACGAGCAUUACCUGUACAAAUACAACGAUAUCGUGCACAAACACGGGCUAAUCACCUCGACGCUGGGCCUGCAGCUGCCGCUGGAGUCGCGCCACUUCCACGACGGCGACAUGCGCGUCAAGUGUCUGGCCAGCAUAUCCCCGGUUCUGUGGAAGGGCGGCAAGGAGAGCGUACUCCAGCGGCGGCCGGGCAUCAUUGACAAUCGGGAGGCCAUGCUCUUGGUCAGAAGUGCAGCUGGUCAUUCGCAGAACAGUCUACUGCGGUCCCUAACCAUCACCAUCAUUCUGGCACGCGCGUGUCAGUGGCUACUCGGCUCGGAGCUCACCUAAGCUGAGCGACCAGAAGAGGCACGACCCCUGCCCGACCAGACUCGUUUCAAUUAACAUGAAUUCAUUUUCAAUUCAAUUCAAUUCAAUUGCAAUUGCAGAGCAUAAAUGGUGAUUUUGUAUACUUUAAGUGUAAUAUCCUUAGUUGUUAAGAGCAAACCACAUGAGAUCAGAUCAGAUCAGAUAGGACAGACAGGGGCACGGACACUGGAGCACUGGAGCACUGGAUCACUGGAUCACCAAUCAAAAGGCAACAAAUUGGGUAAAUGUGUUAUAGCAUGUAAAAAUCAUUAAGAGAGAAACCAGUUACAUAGUAUUAAAGGCAGGGGAAUCCAUACACACAGACUCGUGCAUGGAUGGUGGUGGCCCACCACCUUGGAACAUGGCAUGGCCCAUGGCAGUUCUGCAAUGGCAGAACCAGAGGCAAGUAUACGGCAGAGCGGAAUUCAAUUAGCAAAAUUGUUGAGCAACUGAAUUCACAUCCGGAAUAUCAUGCAUCCACUUCAGACUAUUUCACUCCACCCCAAUCCCGCCCAGCCCUGGGCUCGUUGUGCGUAAUUUCUGUGUAAAUAAUUCAAUGGGAGGACUAAAGUCCAAGGCAAACUCCAAGCUCUUGUCUAAUAAUGUCUCAUUGGCAUCAGUUUCGAAUGGGAGCUGGAACUUUGCCAUAACAGAUGCUAAAACUAGAUAAUUCCUAAAACAAAAUGAGAAACGAAAGCUGGAGAGUGCAGCGACAUUUUUGUUUUUCGGUAUUUCAGUCUAUUUAUUCUGUUAUUCUGGCCAUUGAAGAGAAUUUUAGUUUGUAUUUAGUUUUGUAAUUGCUUUAACAGAAUAGAAUAGAACAGAACAGAAGAGAACUGUUAAUAUGCAUGAGUUGAACUUGCUUUGAAGAAUUGUCAAAAACUAACGUGCACAUUUCCAUUGCAAGACCCUUUGAAGUGCAGCUCCCUGAAUAAAUAUGAACACUGUAUAAAAGAGACAAUGGAUAUUACCAUAUCUAAUUAUAUAUACAUACAUACAUACAAACUCGUACACACAUACAUAUAUAUGUAGUAUAUGCAUAAGAACCUCUGUUUAACUAGAAUUGUAAGCCAUCUGUUUAAGUUGUAGUAGCUCUAUCGAGGCGAACUAUCGUUUGAGAAUUCCAUUGACUUGUACGUAGUAUUACCAAAAAGAAGAUGAAUACUUUGAAAGGCUCCCCCCAUAUAUAACUACUAUAUGUAUUAGAUUAUAUGUAUAUGUAUACAAUAAAUGAAGAAUGACGAGACCCAUGACCCGACACCCGAGACCCCCAUCUCCCCAGAGUGUUUAA